AUGGAGCUCUCCUCAGCCCCUCUCCACAAAGGGCAGCUACCAUGGAGGGGACUCCUGCUGGCAGCCUCACUUUUGAUCUACUGGAGCUCUCCCACCACGGCCCAAGUCACUGUGGAAGCAGUUCCGCCCCAUGUUGCUGAAGGGGCAAAUGUUCUUCUAUCUGUCUACAAUCUGCCAGAGACACCCCAAGUCUUUUACUGGCACAAGGGAGAAAAUCCGGAUAACAGUAACGAAAUUACACGAUUUAUAACUUCAGCUAAUGUAACUACAACAGGGCCUGCAUACAGUGGCAGAGAGACGAUAUACCCCAAUGGAUCCCUGCUCUUCCAGAACGUCACUCAGAAAGACACCGGAGCCUACAUGUUGCAAAUGCUAAUGCAAAGCUAUGAUACUAUGAAAUUAUCCGUGCAGUUCCAUGUCCAACCACGGCUACCCAAGCCCAGCAUCAUAAGCGACAAUUACAUUCCCAUGGAGGGUGAGGACUCAGUAACAUUAAGAUGUGAGCCUGAGACUGAGAAUACAAGCUACCUGUGGAGCAGAAAUGGCCAAAGCCUCUCAGAAGGUGACAGGCUGAAGCUGUCUGAGGGCAACAGGACUCUCACUUUACUCAGUGUUGUGAGGAAUGACACAGGAGCCUAUGAGUGUGAAACCCGGAAACCAGUGAGCACCUCCCGAAGUGACCCAUUCACUCUGAACAUUAUCUAUGGUCCAGACAUCCCGAUCAUAUCCCCCUCAAAUACUUAUUUUCGUUCAAGGACAAACCUCAGUCUUUCCUGCCAUUCAGCUGCUUACCCACCCGCACUGUAUGCUUGGUUUGUCAAUGGAGAGCUAGUGUCAUCCUCCCAAGAGCUCUUUAUCCCCAACAUCACUACUGAUGAUAGUGGAACCUAUACCUGCUUCGUCUAUAAAUCUAUCACUCGCCUCAAUAGGACCACAGUCAAGAACAUUAAAGUCCUUGAGCCAGUGACUACACCCUCCAUCAGAGCCACCAAAUCUGAAGUCAAAGAACGAGACUCUGUGCACCUGACCUGUGACUUCAACUCCAGUGACUCUACAAUUGCCUUCCGCUGGUUCCACAAUGGCAAGGGAAUGGAAUUCACAGACAGGGUAUUCUUAAUUCAAGGCAGAAUCCUCUCCAUAGCGCACGCCAGGAAGGAGGAUUCUGGAGUGUAUCAGUGUGAGAUAUACAAUGCACUCAGUUCCAAGAGGAGUGACCCGUUCCAGUUGAACAUAAGACCUUUUGUUGUUAUCUACUGGAGCUCAUCCACCAUGCCCGAAAUUACUGUGGAGGCAGUUCCACCCCACGUUGAUAAAGGGAAGAGUGUUGUUCUACUUGUCCAUGAUAUGCCAGAGAAAGUCCAUACCUUUUUCUGGUACAAGGGAGAACAUAUGGUUGAGAAGAAUGAAAUUGCACGAUUUCUGAAAUCCAAUAGAAGUAUUAAAACAGGGCCCGCAUACAGUGGCAGAGAGAAAAUAUAUGAAAAUGGAUCUCUAGUCUUCCAGAAUGUCACUAAGAAUGAUGAAGGAACCUAUAGGCUACAUAUAAUAACAGCAAACUUUGAUAUUAGUGAACUUGUGCACGUCCAUGUGAACCCUAAGUAA